AUGGCGGAGGGAGGCGAGGGAGAGGAGCUGCUCCGACCGCCGCUGCCCGCCGCGGGGUCGCCGGGCCCCAAGCGCCUGUGCUCGCGGGUGGUGGGGGCGGCGACGCUGCCCCGAUCCGGAGGCUGCCCGGGAGGUCCCGUCGGAGGCAGCGGCGGCGGCGGCGGNCUGCCGCUGCUGCAGCCCGAGUCGCUGCUGGACGCGGCAGCCAAGCGUGUGGCGGGCAGCUGGGCCUUCGAGCGGGUAGAGGGCCGCUUCCAGCGCAUCCCGGAGCCCGUGCAGCGCCGCAUCGUCUACUGGAGCUUCCCCCGCAGCGAGCGUCAGAUAUGCAUGUACUCCAGCUUUCAGCCCGGGCGACCCAGCUGCAACGGGGCAUCCGGCAGUGCCUCAGCAGCGGCGGGCAGCGGCGGGACGGCCGUCGGAGUCGGAGGAGAGGAGAACCCGGCCGCCGUCCCUGGUCCAGCUAUUCCCUCGGGUGCGUCCGGCCCGGCCCCUCUGCCGGCCGCCGCCAGCGCCGCCAUCUCCGAGGGGCUCCCGUUCCGCAGAGGCAUCCGCCUCCUGGAGACCGGCGCCGUGGAUAACGUGCUGCAAGUGGGAUUCCACCUGAGUGGCACUGUGACAGAAGCAGCAACUGCAGCAGAACCAGAAAUGACCUACAAAGUGGCCAUCAGCUUUGACCGGUGCAAGAUAACCUCCGUGACAUGUGAUUGUGGGAACAAGGACAUUUUCUAUUGCGCUCAUGUUGUGGCACUCUCCCUCUACAGGAUUCGCAAGCCUGAUCAGGUCAAACUCCGUCUUCCCAUAUCAGAGACUCUUUUCCAAAUGAACAGGGACCAGCUCCAAAAAUUUGUUCAGUAUUUGAUUACAGCCCACCACACUGAAGUGCUCCCAACAGCCCAGAAAUUGGCUGAUGAAAUCUUGUCCUCCAACUCUGAAAUCAAUCAACUGCACGGUGCUCCAGAUCCUACUGCAGGAGCCAGUAUUGAUGAUGAAAAUUGCUGGCAUUUGGAUGAGGAACAGGUUCGAGAGCAGGUGAAGCUGUUCCUCUCCCAAGGAGGGUACUAUGGCUCUGGGAAGCAACUCAAUUCCAUGUUUGCUAAGGUCCGUGAAAUGCUGCGUAUGAGAGAUUCUAAUGGAGCUAGGAUGCUGACGCUAAUAACAGAACAAUUCAUGGCAGAUCCACGUCUUGCUCUUUGGAGACAACAAGGAACGGGCAUGACUGACAAAUGUCGACAACUGUGGGAUGAGUUGGGGGCCCUAUGGGUGUGCGUUGUAUUAAAUCCACACUGCACGCUAGAAGAAAAGGCAUGCUGGCUGCGACAGCUCCGGAAGUGGGGUGAUAUGGAUGUUUGUCCACUGGAAGAUGGAAACUACAGCAAUGAACUUCCCAACAUCACUAGUGCACUUACUCAGAGCUCUAGUCACAGGCAAAGCUCUUUAACAAGGCCACGGCGCACAGUAUUCACUCGUGCCAUUGAAGGCUGUGACCUCCACUGGCAGGACAGUCACCUCCAGCGAAUAAUCAGCAGUGAUUUCUACAUUUCUCCAUCUUACCCCAGGGAGGGUGAGGGCCUUCUUUUCAACUCACAAGGACAACCGUUGUGGCUGGAACAUGUUCCAACUGCUUGUGCCCGGGUUGAUGCCCUACGGUCCCAUGGAUACCCCAAGGAGGCACUCCGUCUAACUGUGGCCAUAAUCAACACUCUGAGACUGCAACAACAGAGGCAGCUGGAGAUAUACAAGCAUCAGAAGAAAGAACUAUUGCAAAGAGGAGCAACCACCAUCACAAACCUGGAAAGCUGGGUAGGACAUCCUCUCAAUCCGAUUGGCUGCUUAUUUCUCACUCUGACAGAAGCAUGUCGAAUAGAGGAUGAAAACAGCCUUGAUAUUUCAGAUGCUGGUGAGUCAAAGCCUCCAGUGUAUCAGCAUGUGCCUGUGGCCAACAAUUGCCCUGAGAGUGGGGAAUCCUACCUAUCUCUGGCUUUGGAAGUGGCACUGAUGGGGAUGGGGCAGCAACGGGUGAUGCCAGAAGGCCUUUAUGCGCAAGACAAAGUGUGGCGUAAUGAGGAACAGAUUAUUGCCUGCCUGCAAGAGCUGGAACUUGAUGCUAUAUUGGUGCAGACCCUACGCAAGCAGUGCAUUCUGCUUCUGGAAGGUGGUCCCUUUAGUGGCCUUGGUGAAGUCAUCCACCGGGAGAGUGUGCCUAUGCAUACUUUUGCAAAGUACCUCUUUUCUGCCUUACUGCCCCACGAUGCUGACCUGGCCUACAAGCUGGCAUUGCGCUCCAUGAGGCUGCCUGUUUUGGAGACAACUCCCUCCGGUGAUGUCACACAUCCUCACCAUAUUGUCUCAGUGGUCCCUAGCAGGUAUCCCCGUUGGUUUACUUUGGGGCACUUGGAAUCACAACAAUGUGAACUUGCUUCCACUAUGCUGACAGCAGCCAAAGGUGACAUGCUGCGUCUACGAACUGUCCUAGAAGCAAUUCAGAAGAACAUCCACUCCUCUUCCUUGAUCUUCAAACUGGCUCAGGAUGCUUUUAAGAUUGCCACACCUGCUGAUAGUAAUGCUGACACAACACUACUUAAUGUGGCACUGGAGUUGGGGCUACAAGUGAUGCGCAUGACCUUGUCAACAUUGAACUGGAGACGGCGGGAGAUGGUGCGAUGGCUAGUAACCUGUGCUACAGAAGUUGGUGUUCGGGCCCUAGUCAGCAUCUUGCAGAGUUGGUAUUCACUCUUUACCCCUACUGAAGCAACUAGCAUAGUAGCAGCCACGGUGAUGUCCCACAGUACCAUCUUGCGCCUCAGCCUGGACUACCCACAGCGAGAAGAACUGGCUAGUUGUGCUCGCACGCUGGCCCUGCAGUGUGCCAUGAAGGACCCGCAAAACUGUGCACUCUCAGCUCUUACCCUUUGUGAGAAGGACCACAUUGCUUUUGAGACUGCUUACCAAAUUGUUAUAGAUGCUGCAUCCACUGGCAUGACUUAUUCCCAGCUCUUCACCAUUGCACGGUAUAUGGAGCACCGUGGGUACCCAUUACGGGCCUUCAAGCUGGCAUCGCUUGCCAUGACACACCUCAACCUUGCCUAUAACCAGGACACACACCCUGCCAUCAAUGACGUGCUUUGGGCAUGCGCACUCAGCCAUUCCCUAGGCAAGAAUGAGCUGGCAGCUAUUAUUCCAUUGGUAGUAAAGAGCGUGCACUGUGCCACGGUGCUGUCUGACAUUCUGCGACGCUGCACCAUGACAGCACCAGGCCUUGCUGGCAUUCCUGGCCGCAGGAACUCUGGGAAACUGAUGUCGACGGACAAAGCACCUUUGCGCCAACUGCUGGAUGCCACAAUAAGCGCUUACAUCAAUACCACACACUCCCGUCUUACCCACAUCAGCCCACGGCAUUACGGGGAGUUUAUUGAGUUCCUGAGCAAAGCUCGGGAGACGUUCCUGCUUGCUCAAGAUGGCCACAUUCAGUUUGCGCAGUUCAUAGACAACCUUAAGCAGAUCUAUAAGGGCAAGAAGAAGCUUAUGUUGCUAGUGCGAGAACGAUUUGGUUGA